UACCGAACUCAGGUCGCCACAGAGCAUGAGUGAGGCUCGAAAGAAAGGCAGGCUUGGAUAUUCGGUGCUCCUCUUCAAGAAAGAAAAAAGUUUUUUUGUGGCUUUGAGAUUUGUGAUCAUGUCGAUUGUGAAGACGUUCGUGUGGUGCCCUCACAAGAGUUUGUGUAAGACGGGAGAAACAUCCGUUAUAUCAGAGUCCGACAUCACAGUUUUGAGUCUGACCCCACCCUUAUACUACAAGCGAGCAAGCAGGCCUGCCAGCCUAACCCUCUUCCCGCGCGCCGGCAAGAACCGGAUGUGACGACUAUGUGUGUGUGUGUGUGUGUGAGCUGCGGCCUUCACAAACAGAAAACCAUGAUGGCGGCGGACGCAGAUAGUUGUGGAUCGUAUCUCCAUAGUUUUUCACCAGGUUCAAAGGCUUGUGUGCGUGCUACGGAUUAUAGCGUCGAGAGUGGAUUCCCACGUGUUAUGGAUAUUUUUUUUUAAAAAAAAUAAUGCCGUUAACUACAGUACGAGUGUACCUACGAGAUUUUGAUGGCGUUUUCAGUGUAUCAUUCAACGCACAGUUGGAAGCGAGAGGCAGAUGGUGGGGCGCCUGGUGCUGGAGACUUUGCCUGCCGUGGUUGACGACCCUCACGACGUGGCGGGUGUCAUGGCUGUCGUCAACAAGCUUGCCAGCGACCCUGAUGCACCGGUGCGGGCCGAGCUCAUGGCGCAGUUGCCGCACAUCGCCAUGCUGUGCCACGAGGAUAAGGACAGGCUUCAGUCUGUCGUGUUGGACCACCUGUUGCCUCUGGUCGUCAAGUGCCUAGCCGACAACGAUAAUCUGGUUCGCAAGAUGUCGCAAGCCGCGCUUUUGGUGCUCAUGGAACAGGGCCUGGUGGAACAGAGUGCGGUGGAGCAGAAGGUGUGCCCCAUGAUCCUCAUGUUGACCGAGAUGGAUCACCUCGUGGAUUUCCACCCUGGGGCUGUUGCGUUAAUGAGCAAGAUGGCACCGCUGAUUGGCCGCAGUUCUACAGAACGGCUGUUCCUGGGUCGAUUUGCCGCUCUGUGUACCGAUCCGGUAUUUUGCGUGCGUAAGGCUUGCGCCGCUAACUUUGGCGAGUUUUGUGCUAUUGUUGGAACAGAAUCUACUGAAAGUGUCCUUCUUCCUCGUUUUGUGGACCUAUGUGAAGAUGAGAUUUGGGGAGUACGCAAGGCGUGCGCGGAGGUGUUCAUGUCCGUGUCUUGCGUGUGCACCCUGCAGACGAGAAAACAGAAUCUUGCGCCAGUGUUUGUCAACUUGCUGGUCGACCAGUCUCGCUGGGUGCGCAUGUCGGCGUAUAAGACUCUGGGACCUUUCAUUUCUACAUUUGCAGAUCCCAGUAUCACAAGAUUGUCGUACAAUCAAAAUGGGGAGCUUGUGAUUUUGGGCCCAGACGGUUUUGAAUUCAGGUUGACGUCCCAUCGAGUGAGUGAUAUUGAAUGUGCGAGGGUUCUCGCUGAAUUCAAUUGUGGUGCUGGCACUUUAAAUACAAAUGGCACUAAUCAUAAUGUAAAUAGAGACAUGGCUGAAGUUUCGUGUCAGGCAGAUGAUAGUAAAAAUAUUCCGUUGUCCGUGAGAUAUAAAGAUGCCUUUCAUAAUGAUGAGUCAGAUUGCUGUGAUGUCGAGUGUGGCAUGGGUUCGUUAGUUCAGGACUUCAAGGUGGAAAAGUCAAAUUUGAUUCCAAGUGCGUGUGAUCAGAGGACUGUGAGCGGAGACUCAAAUUUGGUUACGGAUGAAAGUUCUGAAUUUCCGGUAAAGGAUGAUACGGACGGAGGGCAUAUUGAAGAGGAGAAGGCAGAAGUAAGAUGGGUUGAAGAAACGGAUAUAAAAACAGAAGAAGGAUGUUCGGAUGACAGAAGCUCAAGUGCGGUCAGAGAGAAUGUACAGGAAGUGACUGAACCUAGUGGCGCGAAGCUGCAGGCGUGCGGUGGGGUUGAGAGGAAACAGCUUCACGUGAGCGAGCCGAAAGGCCACGUCCACGUCCACGUAGAGAGCAACCCGUUAAACGGUGCAGAAACUUUCAAUACAUUCCAGUAUUGGCGUGUUCCUAUACCAGAACUGCAGUUGGAUAUUAGCUUGGCUGAAACAGGCAAACCCACUACAGUGCAUGUGAAAGCUAAGGUUACUGACGAAACCAUGCAGCGGACAUAUGCGUCCGAACUGAACGUCGACAUGGAUAUAGACACUGAGUUGGAGAAUCUGUCAACAAAGCUUCAAGAAUGUUCUCUUCAAUAUCGGGAGGAGGAGAAGCCACACAACGUACAGAUCUGUACCGCCAGUGUCGCUAUGGUGACUGACACAGACAAGCAAGGUGUGGAAAAUACAAUGACGCUUAAUUCCAGUAUUCAGAGGGCUGUUAUGUGGUUUCAUUCGGGGGAAGUUAGAACCGCCCCCCCUCAGAAAACAGAGUACAAACCGUAUAAAUCUUGGGCAGACGUUGCAGAGAAACACUGGGAGGGGCCGCCUCAGCAUUUCGACCCUGCAGGAGUAGUUGAGCGGCCGGCGUCUUCACAGGCGAGCCAGGACAUCGUACCUCAGCAGCUCAUCGAUCACUUCGUGUCCAUGACGCACCCGUCACAGGCCCAGAAGACUGACAACGAAAUAGCGCACCAUUGUGCCUUCAGUUUACCAGCUGUGGCCCUCACUCUGGGGCAGGACAACUGGAUUUUGCUCAAAGAUGCUUACAACGCGUUGGCUUCUGACAUGCAGUGGAAGGUGAGGCGUACAGUGGCCUCAAGUAUUCAUCAGCUGGCUGUGAUUCUCGGAGAGGACUUGGCAACCAAGGACCUCGUUCCAGUGUUCAAUGGCUUUAUCAAAGACUUAGAUGAAGUCAGAAUUGGUGCUUUGAAACAUCUUGCAGAGUUUCUGAAGCUCCUGCGGCCUCCAGAUCGAAAUUUGUACCUUCCUCGACUAUCGGAAUUCUUGCUGACAGAUAACGAUUGGAACUGGAGGUUUCGUGAAGAACUGGCGGAGCAGUUGCUGGCCGCCGUUAAUCUGUUCACUCCAGAAGACACCAGGAAACACAUCAGUCCCAUUGCCGUCUCGCUGCUGCACGAUAAGGUGGCAGCCGUGCGGCAGGUCGCAUUGUGCCUAUUGACGGAGGUGGUGAAGCACGUGUCUGCGCAGCCCGUUUCGCUACGAAGCCUACUCGCAGCGCUGGCAGAAUGGUUUGUUCACAGCAAGAGGUGGAAUCAGCGUCAGAUCUUCGCGCUGCUCUGUUCACAGCUCGUCACAAAGCAAAUUCUGCCCGAGGAACUUUUUGCGCGCGACAUCCUGCCACAUCUCCUGGAUCUCAGCUGGGACUCCGUGCCCAACGUACGGCUCUCCGUGGCCCGGACUCUCGCCACCAACGUAAUGGCUCAACAAUUCUUCUCGAGCGAGGAGAAUCCGCACUACGAAGUGUUGAUACAAGUGCUGAAGAGAUUGCAGGCUGAUUCCGACAGAGACGUCCGCUACUUCGCCUCUCUGUUCCCUUCAGUUGAGGGGGUUUCCGCCGCUGAGAAUAUAUGAAGAAAAGAAGUAAUAGGCCGUUUGUUAUCCGUAAUCCUUGCCCGUUCGGAAUCCCCAGACUUCGCUCGCCUCUCGCCGUACAGAUUCCAGAUUCAAAAUGUACAAUAAUUGGCAUAUAAAGUGACUGUAUUUGGGGGAUCAGCUCUUUAUGAUAACUUUAAUGCAUAUUACAUGUUUUAUUUCUUAUAAACAGUGAUAAAUUGAUUAAUUAUUGUUAAGUGCUGAUUAUGUAAAUAUCGAGUGACUUGGAUCACUCGUCAGGUGGAAAUUUUGUAUUUCUCUAAUGAUUACUUGUGUAAUAUUUUUAUUGUUCAAUGA